AUGGGCACCACUGCCCUGAACGCGGACGUUCUACUGCACGUUUUUCAUGCAGUCGCAUCCAAUGAGCCUCCAAGUCACUUGCCGAUCCCAGAUCUUGCCUACCCGAGGAUGCGCGAGUCCUUGCAUCUACCUUUCAAAACUCUCGAAGAGCGCCUAGGAUGGGUUCGCCUUGGCCACGUCAGCCAUGUAUGGAGGGAGACGCUCUUGAGCGCUCAGACGCUUUGGGCCGAUCAUAUCGGCACGCUCCCAGCUGGAGUUGACGAGAUGCUUGCUCGUUCAGGGCCUACGGCCCCACUAUCGCUUCAUCUUCCCCUCUGGACAACAAGAUCUCCCAUCAUCAGACAUCUCGCGGCCGUGCUGCAGAGCCAUAGCGGCACUCUGCCUAGGCGCUUGAGGAGCGUCACAAUCUGGGAUCCUUGUCCCGUGAUAGAAGACUCGCCUGCCUUCCGCCUGAGCCGCGAUCGGAGAGUUCCCAUCUCUACCUCCAUGAUCAGCCUUAUGAAUACGUUGUCCACGGUUCGAUACAGUUCCAACAACAAUGAUAUAUUCCCUUUCUCUGCCCUGGGCCACAUCCUGUGCGAAGCCGAACUACCGAUCCUCGACAGCCUGGGUUUAUUCCAACAUCGUCCUUCAUGGAGCGCACCAGGUCCUGUUCAUGCGCGGAACCUUCAUCAUCUUCACCUGAACAAAUGCUUCAUCACAUUUCCCAUAUCCAACACUCUCGUCUCUAUCUCCAUUACAGCGACUUCGUGGCAGAGAGCUCGUCAACAUGCCGACGGGAUGAUACCGCUCGUAGAGGUCCUCGAAGUCGUUGAACGCUCUGCUGCUACCUUGCAGCGUCUUGAACUCAGCGAUGGGGUUAUUGCACUCCCCCCUGAUUUUCCUCAAUCUCAAAUCACUGCUAAUACAAACGACCCUGUACGAAGGAUUAAUUUGCCCUGUCUGAAGGUGCUCAAAGUGCACGAGCUAGCACCCUUGAUUUGGUGGUUAUUGUCAUGCUUGCAAUACUCCCGUAAUGCAGCGACAUACCUCACGAUCCGGCGUGUCGACCCAGGUCUCGAUAAUCACCUUGCAGUCCGGGCCGCUCUCCGCAAAUACUCUCACUUCCACUUCAUCGCCAUGCGCUUUCGGGAUAUAUAUUCCGAGGAUCAUGCAAAAUUCGAACUAUUUCGUUUACCGACAGACACUGGCGUCGGCAUGCAGUCUCCCACGCGGUUUUAUGUUUCCGAGUCUUCACUCUUCUUGAGUGUGUCACUAGAAAGCCGGUCAGCAGAGGACCAGAUGGCCAACGCCACCCUCGUCCACGCGUUCGCGAAAGAGCUUGGAGCGGCGGGGAUGACGGUGAAGCAACUUGCCGUAAACGUCGCAGACCCUUCCGAGAAUCACACUGCAAUACGAGCGAUAAAGUACGCCUCAAAGGUGCUUGACAUCUAUCUCGAGACGAAUGCGAGCUUCUUCCUCGAUGUCGCGUACGCGCUACGCCGGCAUAUGGACAAACAUGGCCCCUACCGGAAAAUAUGCCUGAUCGCCGGCGAAGAGCCAAAGGCCUACACCAAGCUCGGGAUGAUGGUGCUCGUUUUCGGACAGGCGCGCCUUGAUGCGACUGUGCUACACGUCGAUAGGAAGUUCGAGACGAUGGUAGCAGGAGAAGAGAUGCCAUCGUUGUUGAAACAGCUGGAGGCUAUCUUCAGAGAAGUUAUCGUCAGUGACUUCUAG